UUGUUUUGAGGCAUGUGUUGUUAAUAGAAACGCUAUUACGUUUUUUGUAGAUUUGUUUGUUCAAAACAUUCAUAAUAGUUUAUGUACAUUGUGCUUUUUAAAUGAUACAACUUUAAUAUUUGGUAGCGGAUAAUUUGCACCACUCUAUCAUUCUAAUGAUACAGCUUUAUAUUCUAAAUAUAAUGAUAAUAAAAUGGUUGUUAAUGUUGAUAUAAAACCGAAUAAUGAUAAGUUACACCUAAUAAGAGGGCGGCCUGUAUUAAAGGAUAAAAUAAACAAAAUUAACACGUCUAAAUCUAGAGAGGAUCAAAACAACAAAAAAAUGACAACUAUAAACACUAGAAGAAGAGUCAUACGAAAAGAGGAUGAUAACAAUAAAAUGCACCCAGUACAAAAAACAAUUUCUACAAGGAGAAAAGUACAACAUGAAGAAUCAAUACUCCAGGAUUCCACAAGAAGAAAAAUUGGAACAAGAAGAAAUAAUGUUCCAAAACCUGAUGGAAAAAUUAAAACAAAAAGUCCUUUGAAGAAUGUUUCUUUAUCACCACAUGGGAGACCAAGAAAAACUAAUUUUUCAAAUGAAUCAAAAGUAGAAAACAAAUUAGUUAUAAAGAGAAAAAGUGCCUUAAAGAAUGUUUCUUUAUCACCACGUGCGAGACCAAGAAAAACUAAUAUUUCAAAUGAAUCAAAAGUAGAAAAUACAUUAGUUACAAAAAGAAAAAGUCCUUCGAGGAAUGUUUCUUUAUCUCCACGUGGUAGACGGAAAAAUGUAGGAGUUAAAAUUAAUAACAUUUCAAAUGAAUCAAAAAUAGAAAAUGAUUUGGUUACAAAUAGAAAAAGUCCUUUAAGGAAUAUUUCUUCCCCAAUUCAUGAAAAGGAAGAGAAAAUUAAUAACAAACAUGAGCCAAAGAAAGACACUGAAUUAGCUGUAAAUAAAAACGGUCCUUCAAAUAACAUUUCUUCACCACCUCGCGGCAGAUUCAAAAAACCGGAAGAAAAAAAUGAUAACGUUACGAACGAACCGGAAAAAAGAACUAAAUUAGGCCAAGUAAUUGAACGUAAAAUAGUAAAUCAGAAGUCAUUCAGAAAGAAAGCAGCUAUGAAUUAUGUAGAAUCUAGUUUGAGUGAAUCUGAUUUGAAUGAAACAAAUAAAAGUAAUAUUCAAAAUAAAGUUCCAAUUUACAAACAAAUAAAAGCAGAUAAAAAGAAAAGAGAUGCGGGGAAUGAGGAUGAUCCCUAUGCAUUUGAUUCGGAUACAGAAGCUAAAAAGAUUCAAAGGAAACGAAAAUUGAAUGAUUCGUCUUUAUAUGAUAAAGAUAUGAAGGAAAUUAUGACGGACAUUGAAAAGAAGGAAAGGUUUAAAAAACCAGCUAUUUAUAAGAAACGAACAAAAAAAAUUGUGAACAAAUAUGAUCAAAACAUGGAUAAAAUCAUAUCAAAUCUGGUGUCCAAAAUUCAUAACAAGUCAAAUAAAGUACCAUCUAAUGAAACCAAAAAGAUUAAUGUUGAACAUUCAAAAGGUGUUAAAAACACGAAUAAAUUAGUACAAAAAACUUUUGUCAACAUAAAUAAUCAAAUAACAGCUGAUGAAAGUACUACAACUGGAGAAUCUCACAAAAUGCCUACUCAGACUGAAAAAAAUUCAGAUGUUUCAAAGAAUAUAUUGGUACCUGAUGAAAAUAUUACUGAUAGCUUAAUUCAUGACACUGUGUCCAGUUCAAAUAACUACCAAGAAAAUGUAUCACAAGAUUGUGAUUUAUCUAGUAUAUUUGGAUUUGAGGAAAACCCUCCAUCUAAACAACCUAUUCUGAAAAACAAUCCAAAAAUUGUCGUAUUAGAUAACGUGCGUCUAACAAAUGAGGAUAUGUUACCACACUUUAUUAAUAAAAGAAGACCAAAUGCGAACAGUACUAUGUGUGUUUCAACAAGUCCUUGGAGGUUCCAAUCAGCAUGGCGUCCCUUUACAAAAGAUAUAAUUAUAGAUCACUCAUAUGAUGAAAAAAUCAAAAUGCGCAAUAGUAAAAGCUUUACUUCUUCCAUGGCACCAGUACAAACAAGUAUUCUGGAUUACGUUACCACAAACACCAGCGUUUCUCAGAAACCUAAACUGGAAACUAGUUUAUUUGAUAUUCAUGAACUAAGCCCAGUAAAGAUUACUAGUAACAACAGGACUCCUCGAAAGGUUUUGGGUUUAAGAAACGAUAUUAUGAACUCUGUCUCUACACCCAUUCGCGACCAUCACCCUUCUCGUAUAUCGCAACCUGAUCUUUCUCUAAUAGAAAUUAUGGAAGAAAGUAAUAAAGAAAACUCAAACUGCGAACGAUCUUUAUCUAAUAGUAAAGAGAAUAAUGAUUCUGAUCAAACUUCAUCUAAGAUAGAAAAGGCUGCACAUGGUGAAAAUAAUAUUACUUUCUUUGGCUUUACAACUGAUGAAGAUACAGCUUUGAAUACAACAGCUAUGAGGACAUACACAAAACCCGUACAAACCCACAACAGAGUUAUAAUUAAUCCAAUUCCUACAGCUGAAAUAGAAUCAGUUCCAAACAACAUGGAUGAUUUACAUUUCUUUGAGGAUAUUGAACCACCACAAGAGGACCCUGUUACGCCAAAACGUAAGAGAACCAAUAAGAAACUUGUAACUUCGAAUAGCGAUUCAGAAGAUGAAUUUUCACCCACCCGACAUAGGCGAAAGAGAAAGAAGCCAGAAGAGGAUCCAGCCUACAAAAAAUGGGUGAACGAAAUGAACUCGACAUUUGCCGAGAUUGAAGAUUUUGAGUUAGAAGUAGAAUAACUUUAUGUUACAAUAUAUUUAUUUUAUUGAUUUUUCAACAACAGUUUAUUUGAUGCUUUAUUUUUAUUUAUGUAGAAAAUUUGUGCUUAUUUAACAUACGUUUGAAUAAAUAUAUUUUAUUUUUUAA